AUGACCAAGGAACAAAUCACUAUCGAGUUGUUCCAAGAACUCAAUCAAACAAACAUUAUCGAUCAUUUACGUUCUUUAAAUGAUGAAAAAAAAUCACAAUUUUUGGCUAAUUUAAACCAAUUAAAUGAAAGAAUUUCAUUAAAAAAGUUAUUAAAGGAUUCCAAAGAGUCUCUUAAUCAGUUGAAUAUCAAUAAGAUAACGCCUUCAACUUCGGUGAUUGACUCUUUACCAUCUACUUCUUAUCAAUCUAUUAUUGAUAAUAAACAAUUACAAGACGCUUAUUAUGAAAUUGGUAUUGAUUCCAUCAAGAAAGGUGAAGUUGCUGUCAUUUUAAUGGCUGGUGGUCAAGGCACAAGAUUAGGCUCUUCGAAUCCAAAAGGUUGUUUUGAUAUUGGCCUACCCUCUCAUAAAUCAUUAUUCCAAAUUCAAGCUGAAAGAUUGAUUUCUUUACAAAAUUUGGCUAAUUCAGAUAUACCGAUUCAUUGGUAUAUCAUGACUUCUCCAUUAACAUCAGAACCCACUCAAAGUUUCUUUGAAAAAAAUAACUUCUUUGGUCUUUCCAAGGAUCAAAUCACUUUCUUCAAUCAAGGCACUUUACCUGCAUUGGACCCUAAAGGUGAACAAUUCUUAAUUGGCUCACCAACUACUCUUGUAGAAUCUCCAGAUGGUAAUGGUGGUUUAUAUCGUGCCUUAAGAGAUAACCAUUUAAUUGAAGAUUUUGUUAACCGUGGUAUUAAACAUAUACAUAUGUACUGUGUUGAUAACAUUUUAACAAAAUUGGCAGAUCCAGUAUUUAUUGGGUUUGCAAUCAAAAAUAAUUAUCAGUUAGCUACUAAGUCAGUUAGAAAGAGAUCUCCUCAUGAAUCAGUUGGUGUUAUUGCUACUCGUGAUAGUAAACCUUGUGUUAUUGAAUAUUCAGAAAUUUCAAAUCAAUUGGCUGAAUCAAUCGAUAAAGAAACAGGUCUCCUAAAAUUAAGAGCUGCUAAUAUUGUCAAUCAUUAUUAUUCAGUUGAUUUAUUAAAAUCACAUGUUGAUAAUUGGUGCAAUAAUUUAACUUAUCAUAUUGCUAAUAAAAAAAUACCAAUUUAUGAUUCAAAGACUGAUUCGAUUAUCAAAUUCGAAACUCCAAAUGGUAUUAAAUUAGAACAAUUCAUUUUUGAUAUUUUCCCAUUGAUUCCUAUUGAAAAAUUUGGUUGUUUAGAAGUGGACAGAAAUGAAGAAUUCUCACCUUUGAAAAAUGCAUCUGGUACCCAAAAUGAUAAUCCAGAAACAAGUCGUCUAGCUUAUUUAAGAUUGACAACUAAUUGGUUAAAAGACGCAGGUGCCAUUAUUAAAGAUGAUGAUAUUCUUGUUGAAGUUUCAAGUAAACUUUCAUAUCAUGGUGAAAAUUUAUCAAAAUAUAAUGGUCAUAUUUUUGAUAAAGAAUCAUUAAUUGAAAAUUAA